AUGUGCAAUGGUACACUGUUUGAAAACUACGUUACUGCGUCCACGUUCCGCUCGAUUCAGACUAGCUUCUAUCAGCUGUGUUUAGCCCUUGACAUCGAUCCUUCGGAUUCGAUCAACGUCUAUCCAAAACUUCGAUUGCUGGACUAUUGGAAAGCUCAGAAGUUAUGGAAACUUCUCGACAGAAAAUGGGAGCUACCUGUUUACAAGAACCAAAACGCAGGCCGCCUAUUGAAUGUUUUCGUCAUCGGUGCAGGGCCAUGUGGUCUACGAUCUGCCAUAGAAUGCGCUUUGUUGGGAUCUCGUGUAGUUUUAGUGGAGCAGCGUGAUCGCUUUAGUCGCAACAAUGUCUUACACUUAUGGGAAUUCGUUAUCCAGGAUCUAAAGUCAUUAGGAGCCAAGAUUUUCUACCCGAAAUUUUGCACCGGUAGCAUCGAGCAUAUCAGCAUACGCCAGUUGCAGUGUAUACUUCUCAAAGUCGCAUUAUGUUUUGGAGUCCAAGUUUAUGAUUCCGUAACUUUUGUACAGAUAUUGUUCCCAAAGAACGAGGAUAAUAUUGGUAAGUUCUUUCUCCAUCUUCUGCAUGCCAACUACUUUUCUGUUGAGGAUAGCACUGAAAUGAGCGGAUUCCGUGCAUGUUUGGAGCCGAAGGGACAUAUUCUUUCUGAGUAUGAUAUUGAUGUGCUCAUAGGUGCUGAUGGAAAACGAAAUACUCUACCAGGCGAGCAUCUCUCUCUUUCCCAUGACACUGUUGGCUACGAUCAGCGCAGAUAUUCAAAUUAUGCCACGAAACCGGUUUUAUUCAUGAGAGUCAUACAAUCAUGUACGGGGAUUGUAUGGGAGAUGCGUGGUAAACUGGCGAUAGGAAUAACAGCUAACUUCAUCAAUAACAAAACUGCUGCUGAAGAGAGGGUACCUGAAAUCAGUGGUGUUGCUUACAUUUUCAAUCAGACGUUCUUCAAAGAGAUGUAUGACGAGACUGGGGUAGAUUUAGAAAAUAUAGUUUAUUAUAAGGAUGACACACACUAUUUUGUCAUGUGUGCUAAGAAACAUAGCCUUCUGGACAAGGGUGUUAUUCGUAAGGAUAAUGAUGAUGUCUCUCAGCUCCUGUCUAUUCGAAAUAUUGAUCAGGAGGCGCUGUGUCGAUAUGCUCGGGCUGCUGCAAAUUUCGCUACUAAUGCCAUGUUCGACUUUACGAGUCUGUACUCAUCGAAAUGCUCUGUACGCUUGGUGGAACGACUGAACAAAUAUUUGUUAAUGGGCGUUGUUGGUGAUUCUUUGCAUGAGGUUAGUUCAUGUAUGUGA